AUGCUGAGGAGGCUGGGAGGCGCAGCGCUGGUGGGAGCGCUGGCCUACACCACCGCCGACGCUGCCGCCGACUCAGCGCUCUACCUGCGAGCCAAAGGGUUGGUGCUGGAGCGGGCAGAGGGCCACGCCCGGCUGUGCGGCGAACUGGGCGGGCCGCCGCUACAGGUGGGGCCCUGGUACAACAGCAGCGUGGCCAUCAGCCACGAUGGACACAUCGCCACUGUGACCAUGCCCGUGCGGGGCAACAAGCGGUCAUCCGACGUGACUGUGCGGGUGGUGCGCCAGGGCGGCCUGCGCUCCACGCUGCUGCACAACCUACUUGGCGGCGGGCAGUGGGAGGUGCUAGUCAUGAAUGCCCUGAUCGGCAUGGGCCCCGGCGGCGCCCCCGUCAGCCUCAGCCUGCUGGAGCAGGAGCAGCCAGACAUGGCGGCGGCGGCGGCGGCGGCGGCGGCCAUGGGCCACGGCGAGCGCUUGGCCCCAGCGGCAGGGCGGCAGCAGCAGCGGCAGGCGGCGGCGGCAGCGCAGCAGCAGCAGCAGAGGCAGUCUUAG